UUUCCAAACAGUGACGGUUAUAGCAAUAUCUGGUCAGGAUUAAGAGAUUUCGAAGUAACUAAAACAAGUCUUAAUAUAGUAGUACUCCAGUAUUAUUGAUACUUACAUUAUUAAUUAGUUUGUUGACAUUUUUCGUCUUUGCCAUAUCGGGCCUACAGCUGACUAAUGAUCGAGCCCAAAUUGUUGGGCCUUUUGUUUUGAAUAGUUAACAAUAAGGGGCGGAAUGGUGUUAGGUCCGUUCGAAGAGAGAGGGAGUAAAAGAAGAUUCGGGAAUUCCGGCGAGGAAUGCAGACACGAAGUGUGUAUCUUCCCGCCGGUCAAGUUUGUGCCACCGGUAGUUUUAAGGAAAAAAAGCUUUUGCUAUGUAAAGCCCUUGUAUGUGCAGGGCAAUGGAAGGUUAGAGCCGUUAAGAGGUAUUCUAUAUAACAUUACCAUAUAUUUUUUUAUUCUACUUUAUGACAUUUUCCACUGAUUAUGCAUGAGUUCCAGUCCAAGGAUGCCAAAAUACCUGCCUGGACUUGCUUCCUGAACAUAGCUACCUAACAGUAAUCUCUUGUCGAAAUUUGAAAACCUUAGUUGUCUUGUUAGAGUUGCUAUGUUCGCUCAAAUGGUUAAUUUCCUUUUGAUAUAGUCAAUUGCUGUCUGAUCUUCUCUUCCAGGUUAUUCCUCCUGUUUGUCUGUGAUAUUAUUUUUUAUUGUUUGAAGGAAAUUGCUAUUUACAGGAAAUCUUACGCUCUCCUUGGUUUCCUAUACCCUUAAGACAGAAUGGUGGUUCGUUAUUUUUCACCUUUUUGUUACUUGUAUCAUUUAGGAUAACUGAAAAUGGUUUUCUCCUAUAAACCUGGAAAACACCAAUAAAUCUUGAAGUUUACUCGGUCUGAAAUUUAUAUGUGAAGUGUCCUUAUUCUCGCUUCUUUCACUCAUCUGGAAGAGUCGUAAAGUUAAAGUUGGUACAAGUGUUUAGUGGGGUGAUAUUUAGAGUCUACUCUCAAAAUCAUUAUUGGAAGAUAUUUUUGUGCAUGAGUUUUGAAAAUAAUUACAUACUAUUGAAAGAUACACUUUGAUAGAAUUUGAGUUUUGUGCUCGGCCUGGGAUAUACUGAGGCCCAUGACAACAUGUCGGUUGUUUUAUUUGAAAGGAAUUUGAAGCCACAUCGUUCACAUAGUAUGUUUCAUCGUUAACUUGUAUCUCCAUUCUUCUCAAAUGACAUGAUUUUAGCUUGUAAUCCUUUUCACAGCACUCUUUAUUAGAAGCAUGCGCAGAGCAAACGCAAACUGCCCACUUACAUUAACCAAUAAUGUCCUUAGACGUGGAAAGUGAAUGUGCGUUUUGAGAAUACAAGACUUAAUGGACUUUCAUGAACAGAAUUUGGUGGCUGAAACUUGUCAACCAUCACUAAUGUUGGACGUUGACGUGUAACUGCUCGUAAAAUUUUCUAUUGUGAAAUUGAAGAAAAUGGAAGCUAGUCGGCAGAAUCUUUUGUGGUAAUGAUCAUGCUGCCAUUAUCAUUUCUGCACUUUCCCUUUUUUUAGCGUGUUGGUAAAAUGUUAGACUUGAUCUUUAGAUAACUUCUAUAGUUGUCAAUCUCCUUACCCUAUUAGAUUUAGUUUUCGAAAGCAACUGAUCACCAUGCUUCAUGGAUAUGGUGUAAGGUUAUACUCAGGGUGCUGAUUGAAAUUGACACUUGAACUAUCGAAUUGUUUGUUGUUUCAUGCAUCUAUUGGUUGACUGGAUCAAAUGGUUAUUGAACUUUUUGAUUGAGUGAACAAAGUUCCUGGUUACUAAUAUUGUGAACAUUGAAUUAUGUGUCUAGUUUUAGACUUGGUAAACGUUUGCCGUUGUUUGUAAUUAUUGUUACCCAAUGUAGUAGACAUUAAUCUUAAACACUUUGGGCCCCGAAACUAUUGUGUUUUGAAUAACAUAAUGCAUGAGUAGGAAGUAUGAACACUGUUGUUCCCUGGCUCACAAAUUGUGCAAGCUUUUUACAUUCAGUAUUUGUUGCAAGAAUAUCCUGGGUCUCAUUGUUUGAAAUUGUUGGUUUGGGGAAGGACUGGGUAGGGGAAAGGCUGAUUCAAACAUCAUGUUACUUAUGUUUCCAUCUCUUGCCCAAAUGCAAUUGCCUAAUUGUGCUGUGGUGAAGGCAUUCAGUUCAUCCAGGACAUAGAGGUGCUCACUGAUAAUGCAGUCUAUCACACCCCGUCAAAAGAUGCUUGAUUUAUAGAUUGUCUGUUCCUCAUAGCCUCAGCUUGCAAUGGUUUCCUAGUUUUUGCAAUAGAGAGCAACGGCAUGUCUUAAUGUGCUCAAGAAAUGCAUGGUGAUUGGUCAACCGUUCUUAGUUUUGAAAAGGAAACAUGGUAGAAUGGCCUUAGUAAAUAUGUAUGAGUAUGAAUUGACCUAAGCUAUUUCAUUUGAAAAUAAAUGUAUACUCCACUGUUAAGCUCCGUUUGAUAUAGUCUUUUUAGAGAUCAUGAAGAAUUGAAGAUCCACUGUUACUUCGUACACUUUUCUGAUGAGAUAUGAAUACUUGGAGUGAGGGAGUCAUUCUUUGGCACCCAUAUCCAAUUCCAGUUAUUUUGAAGCUACAACGUCCUCUCCCCUUCAUGAACAUUGGUGCAAUUGUUUUAUAUUCUCUGUUUUUUUUUUUUUAUCAGUGGAUUAAGCUUCAGUGAUUCAUUCAGUUU